AUGUUCGUCGACCCCAGCCAGCCGCCAGACGAGACCGAGGAGAAGGAGAUGAGCUCCCAUCUGACCGACGUGGACAAGGAACGCAUCGCCCAGCUCGAGGACAGCGAGACCCCGAUGCUGCUAGAGCUGAAGCAUCUCGAGAAGCGCUGGACCUCCAAGGGCCGCAUGUACAUUACCGAGCCAAAGGACGACGAGGAGCUGCCUGCGAACAAGAUCAAUUGGCACGAGAAGUUUGCCCUGUGCGUCACCCGUCACUACGACCAGCAGAACAAACACGUCGAGCGCACCACGCUCCGCAUCAACUCGCUCGUCCUUAAGGGCCUGCUCGCCAAAAUCAUUGGCUCGUCCUACCCGGGCCAGAACUUCUGGACCAACCAGGUCACUGUCGACUUUCCCUGCCAUUCUCUGUUCCACUACCGCGACGAGCUGCGUGCCGCCCUUGCCGACCAGGAGCCCGGCUCGGCCGGCGCCGCCCACCUUCCCAUCUUGCUCAACUUCAUUAACGAAGAGUUCGAGGAUGUCAUCAGAGACAGCAACAACCUGCGUAGCCAGGGCUUGGUCUCGUACGUCAACCUCUGGACCAUCUUCAAGCCUGGUUCCUUGAUCUUCAGCAGCAAUCUGGGCCAGCCGUGCGUUUUCAAGCUUCAUAGUUACAACUACGACCGCGGUGACGCGCCCGCUAUGGAGUUGACUGGUCAAUUUGUCGAUUUCGACGGCGAGAACUUUGGCACCCGGCAACAUACCUUCAAAGUCGACCAGUUUCCCGGCGUCAAGUCAAUUGCAAACCUCUCUGCCAUUCCGCUGCAAAUGCACCCCAGGCAUGAGGCUGUAUCCGAGACCUUGACUGCGCGCGGCCGAAAGUGGGAGUCGCUUGCUGGUCAGCACCUCCGCGCGUAUAAGGGCAUCGCUCUUGACGUCACCGGCGCGAGGUACAACAUCAACGGCCAGGUCAUGGUCGACACGCAUACCUUCCAUCGCAUCGAGGCCGAUGAGGCUUUUGAUCUCGACGAAGAAUUCCCAAGGCUUCCCGUCGCUUCCGACGAAGAGAGCGACUCGGCCAAGCGCAACCUGGCGCUCGAAACGGAGGACUGGGAUCUCGUCAGCGAGGGCGGAGCGGCCAAAGCCAAGCCCACUCUAGCCCCGCUAACCGACGAGCAAUGCCUGAUGGCCUCGCCCCUCGUGCGCGGCUUCUCCUUCAGCGAGAAGAAGUUCCUCGAGUUUGCCGUCGACAAGAUCCGCGAGAUUGAGUGGAACAGCGAGUGCUUCGAGCAGCUCGUGCUGCCGAACCAGCAGAAAGAGCUAGUGCAGGCCCUCGUGGCCGAGCACAUCCAGCGCGCCACCGCAGCUGCCGCCGGCACGAGGGACUUUGACGACAUCAUCAAGGGCAAGGGUCAGGGCCUGAUUCUGGUGCUGCACGGCCCGCCCGGCGUCGGCAAGACGCUGACGGCCGAGUGCGUCGCCGAGUUCAGCCGCCGCCCCCUGUACAUGGUGUCGUCGGGCGACCUGAGCAACACGCCGAGCGAGCUGGACGAGCAGCUGGCCCGCACGCUCGACCUCGCGUCGACGUGGAACGCUGUGCUACUGAUCGACGAGGCUGACGUCUUCCUCGAGCGGCGCUCGUUGCACGACAUGGACCGCAACGGCCUCGUGUCCAUCUUCCUGCGCACGCUUGAGUACUACUCGGGCAUUCUGUUCAUGACGACGAACCGCGUGCGCACGUUUGACGAGGCCUUCAAGUCGCGCAUCCACGUGCCGCUCAAGUACGACGAACUGCCGGCCGAGAGCCGGUUCCGCGUGUGGAAGAACUUCCUCGGCCGCAUCGAGGGCGGCGCCGACAUCAGCGAGGCCAGCUGCCGCAGCCUGGCCGAGGCCCGCCUCAACGGCCGCCAGAUCAAGAACAUUGUGCGCACCGCCAAAAGCCUGGCCAACUACAAGGGCAACCGACUCGACUACCACCAGCUCCGGCAGGUCAUGGACAUCCAGAUCAAGUUCGAGGCCGACCUAGACACGACCGGCAAGGACGACAGCGAGAUUGACGCCGUCGAGCGCUAG